GGGCUGAGAAAGGGUCAGUCUGAAUUGUAUUUAAAGACGGAGUGGCCAGGCAUGAGGGUCGUGUAAUAUAUUACAUUUUAGGAAAUCAUUCACUGUUACUGCCUAUGUAUAUAUGAAUCCGAUUCUGUCUUUGGCCUAUAUAGAGAGAAAAGGGGCCGUGCUAGACAGGUUAGUGCAUCUCUUCAAUUUACAGAGAACUUGGAGGUGAACAGAACCAUUGUGCGGCUGAAGAUCUCGUCUGGAAUUCCCUUUUCGGUCUUGACUCUCUCCUCCUCUCCCCUGGCAGUGCUCGCUGUGUCAGCCGUGAGAAGCUCCGUUCAGCUCCGAGCCCAACUCCGUGCACCUCCCAGCACCAGGAUGGUUUCCUUCAUCCUCUGCCUUCUCCCUGCUCUCCUAGCUACAACGAGUGCACAAACUACCCCAGGUCAGACCCUGACAUGUAACACGUGCUUUGGCCAAACGGAGGCCUGCAAUUUUGCUCCAGGAACCUGCCAAGCCAACAAGGCAACUGGUGGCUGCCUCUCCGUGGCAGAAGAUAUUACACUGGAUGGGACACAGAACACGUACUUCUACAAACAGUGUCUGAGUAGCUAUAAGAGUGACAUCAAACUCCCCAUCUCCUUCACUGUUGGGAAUGGCAAGUAUGUGAGGAUCAACACCACACGAUGCAACACAGAUAACUGUAACUCGGCUGUACUUGGAGUGCCCACGGGGAGCACCACUGAGAAUGGGCUGCAGUGCCCAACCUGCUUCGCUCUGAACUUCGCUCUCUGCAACAGCUCAGUCACCCCUUGUAACGGGGACGAGACCUAUUGCAUCGAUUUCACUGGGUUUCUAUACCAAGGUUCAUCUCGUUCACCAUUUCAAGCAAAAGGCUGCGCUACUGCGUCUGCUCAGGCCAUUAAACCUGGAACCAACCUGACUACUGCACUCUACACAUUUGACUUUUUUUGGGGGAAAUCUGUUCCAGCGGAGAAAAUACCCACGAACCCCCCGCCCAUAACCGCCACCUCCCGAGAAACACCCACUGCCACUCCCAAUACAAUCACCAUCCUCGCAAGAACCACCCCGCCCAAAACAACUACCACAAAGAAAACAACCACCAUCCCCAAAACAACGCCCACCCCUACAACCACCACCACCCAUGCUACAACCACCACCACCACCUCUGCUACAACCACCGCCCCCUCAAGAACCACCCCGCCCAAAACAACUAUCACAAAGAAAACAACCACCAUCCCCAAAACAACGCUCACCCCUACAACCACCCUCACCACCACCCCCUCAACAACCACCACCCCCAAAACAACCACCACCACCACCCCUGCUACAACCCCCACCACCCCCACCACAACCACCACAAUCCCCCCCACCACCAUCCCCUCAACAACGCCCACCCCUACAACCACCACCACCCAUGCUACAACCACCACCACCACCUCUGCUACAACCACCGCCUCCUCAAGAGCCACCCCGCCCAAAACAACUAUCACAAAGAAAACAACCACCAUCCCCAAAACAACGCUCACCCCUACAACCACCCUCACCACCACCCCCUCAACAACCACCACCCCCAAAACAACCACCACCACCACCCCUGCUACAACCCCCACCACCCCCACCACAACCACCACAAUCCCCCCCACCACCAUCCCCUCAACAACGCCCAUCCCUACAACCACCACCACCCAUGCUACAACCACCACCACUUCUGCUACAACCAGCACCACCACCACCACCCCCUCAAGAACCACCCCGCCCAAAACUACCACAAAGAAAACAACCACCAUCCCCAAAACAACGCCCACCCCUACAACCACCCUCACCACCACUCCCAAAACAACCACCACCCCCAAAACAACCACCACCACUACCCCUGCUACAACCACCACCACCCGUGCCCCCAACACAACCACCACCACCCCCUCAAGAACCACCACUCCCAAAACAGCUACCACAAACAAAACAACCACCAUCCCCAAAACAACGCACACGCCUACAACCACCACCACCCACAAACCCACUACCCCACCUAAAACAAAUACCCCACCCAAACCCACCCUCCUCGCCCAAACAACCCACAGUGAGGCCAGCCCGGCUCUGGGGAAAUUCUCCUUUGCCCUCUACCUGCCUGGCCUGACUGGGCUGCUGCUGGUGAAGCUGCUCUCCUGACCCCGCCCGGCACGGCCCACGCAGCACCUGGUGCCUGUGAAUAAAGGCCUGAAGUCCCAGCUGCCCCCCUCCGAGGCCUCUCCGCGCUGCCGGGGCGAUGCAAAGGGGCCGCUGCAUAGCCAAGAGUCUGCCCAGCGUAUGGGUGUGUGUCUGUCCCGGUACCUCGCAGCUGUCUGGAAUCUCUCUGUGCAUUAGAAAAUUCACCGAAUAAAUCAGGAUCCGAAAUAAAAGCCCCCAUUGCUGA